UUUUCUAGAAUCAGAUCUUAGUUUCAAGAGAAAUUUCGUUCACUCAUUUUAACUAAAGCCUUCGUUCUCCCUACCCUCUCUUCGAAGGUGUAGGCUGCAUAAUCCCGUCGUAAUGCUAGCCCUACGUCACGUCCAACCCCGAGCUCUUGGUCUUGCGCGACGAAGUACAACAAAACAAGUAGCUCUCGCGUCGACGGCUGUGGACACUGACGGCUCGCAGUCUCAGUCAUCUGGAGAACCCGUGACACCGCAAAAGAAGCAGUCUCGAGCAAUUAGAACACGUCGGCCUAGAAUUUCGCUGCAACAUCCGCGUGAAUGGAAUAGGCCUCUUGCAUUUGGUGUGCUUCCUGCGUUCGAUGAAGCACUGAAGGUCAUCAAAGAAGAUUCAAUAGUGCUCAAGGAUGAAGUCAAGGCUUUGGAGGGAGCUAUUGCACGUGAAAAGGAGACACCUCAGCCUGACCAGCACGCGUUGCUGGUGCUGGAGAACAAGCUGAGAAUUUUAGAAGUGCAGAGCGAGAUAAAUUUUCCUCAAGUGAGGUGGAAAUGUGCCAAUGGAAUGGCGGACAUGUCCAAAGCUGUUGACAGACACCUCUUGGAGCAGCGGUGGAGGAAAGAGGGUGCACUAGACUUGCUGAUGGAACGUAUCCACCAGAUGAAAGUUGUGCCAGACGUUUUGCCUCAUAUUCAUCCCUCGUUGGAUCUUCGGGUCAACUUCCCAAAAGUAAAGUCCAAUACAGGGCUUCAGGCUGCUGUUUCAAAAGCCGUGUACGAGCACGUUGAACCAGGAGUAUUCCUUCUUCCGGAGCAGACUGUAGAGCCUCCUAAGAUAUAUACAACCGUCUUUCAUCCAGAAGAGCGACUAUAUACUCUUUUGAUGAUCGAUCCGGAUUUUCCUGAUGAGACCAAUCAAACAUUCCAAACGUAUCUGCAUUGGCUUCAUGUUUCUCCUUCCCCAGUGCCAAACCUGAACACCCAUACUGCCUAUAUACCUCCUCACCCGCAACGUGGGACUACAUAUCACCGCUAUACCAUUUUACUCCUCCCCCAACACUCCCGUCUGUCUAUUCACAUGAUUGCGAAGGACAAGCGUGCAGGCUUUGAUGUAAGGGCAUUUAUGGAGAAGUAUGGCCUAGAUAGGAAUGUUGGCGGAGGUGCCCAUAUGUGGCGAGAGGUUUGGAGCGAAGGAGUUCCCGCGGUUUACAAGGACAUACUCAAAACUGCGGAACCGAAGUUCGGGCGGAUGCCCAAAGCAGACCGAUAUGGAGAUUUUAGAGGGAAGAGGCGGUAUGUGUAACCACUGGACUGGGUAUCCUUCGGUGAUUACCAGGGAAGCAUAACUCAUUAAUCCAAGUGAUCCCCGUUG